CAAAUAUGGCGGCCUCUGCCAUGUGCGCGAGUGUGACCCCUGUGUUGUGGACUUUGAAACGAAAGGCCAUGGGUAGUUUUCAACGUCAGUUGGUAUACAUUGGUGAUGUAGGUUGCGAUGGUCAGCCAGUUGACGCCGCUUCAAAAAGAGUUGAUUUUAGCUCUGCUGAAGUCGGGAUUGGAAAAAAAUGACUUGAUUGAAGCAGUGGGCACAUUAGCUCCGGAAAAGGAAGACAAAAAACACAAUCAUCAUUACAACGAAAGCGCAACAACCCCAACAUCGCUGGCCGAUGAAGAUGGCAAGGGAUACACGCCCCCUUUGACGAUUAAGCAAGACUCUGACUAUUAUCCAAAUUUGUCAGCCAAACCUGGUAGUUUGACUGAAAAGCUUCUCAGAGGAGACUCUUGGAAGGCAGCAAGGCAAAUCAGGGAUUAUAUGCACCAGCACAAUAUUCCACAACGAGAAGUGGUUGAUGCCACAGGAUUGAACCAAAGUCAUUUAUCACAGCACUUGAACAAAGGUACUCCCAUGAAAGCUGAUAAAAGGCUGGCCCUUUAUCAGUGGUUUGAGGACAAGAAAAAAGAAAUCACUUCAAAAUUUCAGUGUGUAUCAAAUCAUGAAGAGCAGGAUGCAGAAUACUAUGCUUGUAGCCCUAGCAAAAAAAGUAAAAGGAACCGCUUCAAAUGGGGCCCUGCUUCUCUGGAGAUUCUGCAACAAGCAUAUUGUCGUAACAGAAAUCCAACAAAAGAUGAGAGGGAAGAACUUGUGGCUGAGUGCAAUAAGGCUGAGUGUAUACAGCGUGGAGUUGAACCCACCCAAUCAGCAGGACUGGGGGACAACUUGGUGACAGAAGUACGAGUUUAUAACUGGUUUGCCAAUAGACGGAAGGAAGAGGCCUUCAAAUAUAAAAUGCAUUCACAAAACAUUGAGCCUAGUUAUCAGGAGGUCCAUGCUAAGGCCCAAGAUCCAGCAGAUGCCUCAUAUAUGGAGCCCCAUCAUACUGGUUCCAUGACAGAAAUGCUGGAGUCCUCUGACAUAGAAUCUUCUGAUUUCAACAUGCCUGCCAAUACUCAUAUAAAUACAGGUUACCAGAGACAGGAUGCUCUCGGACAUGCAACUCCUGGUGGUGCUUCUUCUCUAGUCAGCUCAGGGAAACCACAGUCCCAGGGCUCUUCAAAACUCCAAAACAUGGGUGCAGUAGACACCAUUAUCUCUUCACAUUCUCCACACCAGUCACAUGGUUUGACCAGGUCUACACCUGUACAAGGGCAAGGUCAGAAUCAAGGUCAAGAACAAGGCCAAGACCUGCCUGAGUAUAACCAAGGACAGAUGUAUCAAGGACUGGGAGUUUUUUCAACUGCUUUAGGCGGUAUGUCUCCUCUCCCUAGUCUCUUUUCCAACCCGUCAACAUCUUUUUUGCAAGACCUGGACUCUAGGACACCAGUGACUUUCAACCAGUUUCCAUCGGUUUACCAACAGAACCCGCAGUAUCACAUGAUGCAACAGUCUGGACAAACAAGUUGGAACAAAUAUCAGGAUUCACAAUUCACCACAUUUGAUGGGUACCCCACUGAAUCAGAAGGUCAGAAUCACCCCCCAAUUUCAAACUACAAUAGACAGCUAGCUUCCACCAGAACUGAUGUCAGCCAUUGAACAAAUUCAGGUUUUUUUCACUUGUCCCAAACAAGUCAUAAGUCCCAAAAGGUUUAUUUUGUAUUUGAAAAUGAUUUGACUGCAUAUAUGAUUUUGUGAAAGUAUAAUUCUAUAGAUUAGUCAGAGGCAGAUUCACCAAGUGGCAAUUUUUAAACAGGUCAUUACCUACAGGCCCUCACAGUGUUGCCUUUAAAACAUUUCUUUUGUCUCCUUACUAGCUAAAUUCUGGUCCUUAUAUUAGUUUCUAAAGACACAGUAAAUGUAGUAGACAGGACAGUCUCAGUUUGGUUUACAUUCAGAAUAUGCAGUCUGGUGCACAUUCCAAGUGUUACUUUACAUGAUAUCAGCCAGUUUUCAAAUUGUAGAUUAAAGUUGCCUUAUGGGUGAGUGUAUAUAAUUUAAACUUGCUCCUUAGACCAGUGAUAAUUACCUUGGAGACUGAACAAAGAUCGUUCUGGAACCUCAGAUCUAACUUUCAUCAAUGUUUUUUUUAGAUGGCACAAGGAAAUGUUCACUUUAAUGAUCUGAUGUAGUUAGUUUUGGGGAUUUUUAGGGAUAUGUAUGUUAAAAAUUUGGUAUCAUAUAGUUAAGAGUAUGUUUAUAAUUUAUGAUACAAUUUAUAAGGUAAAUUCUCCAAAGACAUACAUUAAAUGUAUGCACUUGUACUCAAAGCACUUGUUUUCAUGUUUAAAAUUAAUAUUUUCAGAAGAGUAGAGUAUCCAAAAACCGGUUGUUGUUGUUUCAUUCAUAUAUUUGGGAUCAAAAGGUGAUCUUUUUAAAUGUCCAUUGUUAAUAAUUGACAAAUAGAUUAUAUUUUUAUAACCAGCAUGAGAUUAUUUAACAGUCAUCAGUAAUUUUAUUUUUACAAAAUUUCUUUUCCAAUUUGUAUGUGGAUUUAAAUAAUUGUUUUUGAAUUGAUUUUGCAGUGGAAUAUCAGGGAGCCUCAAAUUUUAAUACCUGCAAAAGUUGGCCAAUUUUUAUCUCUUUAAGUUCUAAAUAUGUUUAAAGUCUUGUUCCUUAGCAUUCAACAUCAAGAAGGAUAUAGUUAAGUUAUAUAAAUUUUAUAGUUUUGAAAACAUAAAAUUUAAGAAAUCCAUACUAGUUGUUGAAAAGUUGAAGUAUUUUUGUAAAGUAUCUAUGAUUUCACCAAUGAAAUC